AUGCCAGUGGAGAGCCAAGAGUUUUCGGGUUCUUCUGGGCUGUCCGAUGGGCAUGACACGGCAGAAAUAUCCGCUCCCUCCGAAGCCCUGCAGAAGCCCUUUGUAGUCAGGAUAUUUGACAUGCACAACCAGCCAGAUGAGACCGAGGAGUGUGCAGAGUCCCACCAGAUCUCCGAGCCCCACGAGCCCUAUGAGCUCUACCAGCCCUGUGAGCCCCACAGGCCCCUAAAACUCCAUGCACCCUACGAGCCUCAUCCACCCUGUGAGGCCCGCAAGCCCCAUAAGCCCCAGGGGCCACAUGCUCCCCGCGAGCCCCACAAGCCCCACGAAGUCGAGUUGCUUCCCAGAGCUGGCGUGAUGAUCUCCCCGUCUCUGCUGACCAGAUUCCUGCCACGGCUUCCGCCAUCUUCCCUGAGAGAUCAUGGUCCCUGUGACUUUGUAAGGAAAUGUUCUUUUUCUAGGAAGACAAUUCAAGAUCUUUCUAGGCCUAAGAAACAAUGGGGAGCCCCAGAUAGAAAACUGUUUUGGGGAAAUCAAGAUCCUAUUUGCCCUGUUUCCUGGAAUGCUUUGAAGGCUCCACUGACCAAAAGGCUUGAGAACCUUGCCCAGCCUAAGGAAGUCUCCCACCGAUAUGUACCUAACAGGGUUCAGUAUUAUUACAGCUGUGGUAGAGAGUCUGUAAUCUGGGAGAUCCCUUCUCCUGCACUGUUUUGCCAACCUUCCAAAAGGAUCCAGAAGCUGGCACAGCCCAACAGAUUCAAGAAAGGGCCCUUCAGUGAUUACUUAAGAGAUUCUCUUCAAAUCUCUGAUCCUUCUCCCUGGAUAUUACAACUCUCAAUAGCCAAAGUCACAAAUCCAAACUGUAUUCCUCCAAAAAGCACUGAAACCAAAAUUGCAACAUCUGCCCUGACUGCUGUUGCAACUCCAAGAACUGUAGACCUUGGCCAUCCAAGGAUUAAGAUAGAGGGUCUGGGCUUUGAAAGAGAAAGAAGUGAAAUGCCCAUCCAUCCUAUAUCCUGUGCUGCCUUGCUCGCCAAACCUAGCCCUCGAAUACUAGCUCUAGCCAAGGCCAGGCCUCUUCAUCAAGAUUAUUUACCUCCCCGUGAUGCCUACUGGCCAGUAUCUUGUGCCACUAUCCAUUCCAAGAUAUCUCCCAGAAUUCAAGAACUAGCUAAUCCAAAUACAAGGACUCCUGUGCAUACUGUAUAUUACGAUCCAGAAGUCUUUAAAGUCAAGCCAGCUGCUUUGAAAACGCGGUGUUCUCCAAGGAUCCAUGAGUUGGCACAACCUCUUACGCGUUAAACACAGAAAGCCACAUCAGUCAAACUCAUUAUGUUUCUAGAAGACAUAUUAGAUGACUUAGUUCCCUUGUCUGGUACUAUCAGUUUAUAGCCCCCACUCCCUCAAAACACGCGAGACCUCUAGGGAACACCACUGCUGCUGUUACCUGUAAUCAUGUCUUUAUCAGGUCUGGGGACUCCAGCAUGCAAUAGAAGAGAAAAUGAUAACCUGCCUUAUCAUCCUUACUAUCUCCUCACGUGCAUCUCGGCUGUCUCAUUGCUCUGACUGACCUGAAGAUACAUUCUUCCUUAUAUUUGCUGGUUUUGCUUUUCUUUUCCCAGUGAGAUCUGUGUUCUCCAGUAGCUGAUCUCACCUCAGUGCCUUCUCUAAUAAAUCCUGAGAACUGAAAUCAUUCCUUGUGUUACUUUUCCAACGUCCCCUCAUUACCAAGAAAUAACACUGAAAUCGUGAAGCCUUUGUGGCUAAAUCAAAAUGCUUUAUAUAAUCUGUAGAUGAAAUUGAGGGAAUAGGUUACCUUAAAUGAUCACAUCUCCACCAACUUCUGUUCCUUCACUCAUACUCAUUGUCAUUUAUCAUGAAUGACAGAAGAAGCUAAACAUUUGAACAUGAUGAAAUGUAUCUAUUAAAAAGUACUCUGAAGAGAUGGACUUCCAGCAAGGUGGCAUGGGAACUCCAGUGACCACACUCUCUAGUGAAUAUUAUUAUUUUUUUAAAUUAAAGCUUCUGGAAAUGGCCCUUAGGACAAACAACAAAUGAAGAAACAUCUAUUCAGGGAUAUCUGUAAAAAUUCAGUAAGAAAGGUGAGAGUCUGUGAUAUUUAAACUACAUGUAAGCAGAUUGUUUCUUGCCAUGAAUUACGGUUCUGUUUUUAAAUUCCUAAAUUAUAUUCACCUUUUGCCUAUUUCCUCCCUUUGACUUGGAUACAAGAAUCUUAGAGCUUGAUGAAUGUAAUGUUCAAACAUGGUGAGCCCCUCAGCAAGUAAAAUUCCUAGCAUCAUGACUAGUCAUAGCAAGAAACCAAGCAAUAACAGCUGCCACCAUCAUCACCUCCUCCACCACCACCGCAGGAGGUUGACAGCUCAUCUGUGCCCCUCUUCUGCUUGGUUUCCGGUAAUUUAAUCUGAAUUUAUUUUUACUUGUUCCAUGGAGUGUAUAUGUGUGUGCAUGUUCAUAAGCAUGUGUGUCUGUAUUUGUCUUUAUUAUGUGUUUGCGUGUAAAUUGAAAACUUCCUGAAUCCUUUAAAGAAGUGGUUAAAUUAUAAUUAAAUAAUCUCAUUGAGGAAUACUGCAGAGGCCUGUGAUUAACUACCAAAAGUUAUAAUAAUUUCGCUAAGAAGCUGAAAUGUCUUCUCACCCCUUUUAGCUGUCGAGUGUAAUAGCUGUAAAUGUCCACCUUUCUGCAGCUUUUAUUCCCAGACUACUGUAUUAACUGUCUCUGUUAAGCCUUGGAGUGAUUUUCAGCUCCCUGUUAGGAGAAAGGUAGAGAAUGUUAUUAGAUUUGUGAAAUUUAGGUAAGUUAAGAUUGUUCAUUUUGGAAUACGGCAUCAAUGAGACUAUUCAUGGUCUAACUAAACUAUUGAAGGAUUUUUUUAAAGCCACUAGUUCAGGAAGGCCUGAAAUUCCUCAGGACACAGGAUGAAGGUUAAAACUGUUUUAUUCUGCCUUACCUGAUAAUAUUCCCUUCUUCCUUCCUCUGGUUCUCGAAAACAAAAUGAAAGCUUAAUUGAAAAUUCCCACUAGAUAAGUUUAAUUAAACAGCAUUUUGUUAUACUUGACUAUCAUUGUACCCCUAACUCAAGCAUCUGAAAAAUUAUUUUCUAUUUUCAUAACUCAAGUAUAGACUAACUUCACAUUGAAUUAAUCAUUAAAGCAAAGCUCAUUAAAAUGGUGAUAUAAAAUAUGUUUUGUUUUGAUUUCUUGAACAGUAGGAAAAAUUAAAUAUAUUCAUCUAAAUAUUCAAAAGAGAAGGUAGUAUUAAAAUUUGUAUGAAGAAAAUCAACUGAC